AUGAACGUUGAAAAAGUUCCUCCAAGGCCCGGGGGCGGGGCCGAACCAUCACGUUGGGUUGAGCAGCAACAGCUGUGUCGUGCUUGGAAACCGAAGCGGUUUGUGGUCUGUGAGAGGGAGACUGAGGAACAACUGGCGGCCUGGGCAAGCACAGCCUCAAACAGCUGUUCCUGUCACAUUGCACCCAGGCAGCAGUAUCAACGAAAUAGGAAGGGAGCCAUGCCAAAAGAAAAGAAAUCCACAGAUUCUUAUGAUGACGGAGUUGUACAGUUGAAGGAUAUUUCUGUUUGGAGUGAAGAUGUGAAAAAGAAUGCAGUCCUUAAUCUACUUGACUUCUGUACAGCAAACCUGCCACCUCAGGAACUGUUUGGUAAAUCUUCAUUGCACUCCCUCUAUGAGAUAUAUCUGAAAGAAAAGCUGGAGGGUAAAGAACAUGAUGAAUAUUCUCCAGUGAAGGAAGACACUGGUGAAGAACAUGAAGAGGUCUCUGCUCAAAAAGACUCCAAGUUGAGUGAUAUCGUUUCACUGUACCGAGGUGAUAUAACAAAGCUUAAAAUUGAUGCGGUAGUAAAUGCAGCAAACAAAAGUCUGCUUGGAGGAGGAGGAGUUGAUGGCUGUAUCCACAGAGCUGCAGGACCUAAGUUGUUGUCUGCAUGCCGCCAGCUAAAUGGAUGUAAUACUGGAGAAGCCAAAAUUACGCUGGGCUAUGACCUUCCUGCAAAACAUGUCAUCCAUACUGUGGGACCUAUAGCAAGAGGAAACUGUGAUGAGCGUCUUAAACGUCAGUUGAGGAAUUGCUAUGAGACUUCCCUGAAGCUGUUGGAGACUCAAGGGCUGAGAUCUAUUGCAUUUCCCUGUAUAUCCACUGGUAUCUAUGGUUUUCCACAAGAGGAUGCAGCUGAAAUUGCGGUGUCAACUAUUAAAGAAUGGCUAGUUGACAAACAAGGUCUGGUGGAUCGCAUUAUCUUCUGUGUUUUCUUGGAAAGUGACCAUAAGAUCUACAAGGAGAAAAUGCUUCACCAUUUUCCUAUAGAUGAAGAGGAUCUGAAUACAAACUCUCCAUCUUCAAAGAAGUAUGGAAAUAAAGAAUCAAUGGAAAAGAUCGAUGAUAAGAUUGAAGCCUCAACAGAAGAGAGUGGUGAUGGUGAAGCAAAAAAUUCUCCAAAAGAGACAGACGAUGAAAAAUGUGACUCACCCUUACCUUUAGUUAGUCACGAUGAUGACUCAAAACUACACGAUGUGUACAUGGACAGCCAGACUGAAGAUAAACAAGAAGACAAUGUAAUGCUUAGCCAGCCUUGUACCCAGACAGAAGAAAUGGAGAUGGGCAGCUCCCAGGAACAGUCAGAGGGGGAAGACAAGGAGAAUAAUGACCGCAUACCCUAUAUUGAUGAAUGUGAAGAAGAAAGUGGACAAUGAAGACCAUGCGUGACUAAUACAAGAUCCAUUGUUGUCUUUGAAGGCAGGCUGUACCCCUUUAGACCUCCAGAAGGCAUAUGGUACAACUUUGUGCUCGAGUUUAGGUAGCCACCUUAUUCAGUUUUGUGUAUAAAAAUCUGAGUUGCAUUAUGUUUUGUAAUUGCGUUAUUGAAGGGAAUCUUUUGGCCUGAUGAUGUGCUUCUAAAUAAUAUUUUGACUGCCUAGAGCUGUUGUUUUAUUGGUCAAUAGAGCUUUGAUCUUCACACCAAAUGAAUGAGUUGUGUUCACCUCCAUUACAUCAGGAAUAUUAUGCUUUUGAUUCUGCUUAUUCAUAAAAUAAAGGACUGACACUAAAGCAAGCAAAAGGUACAAUACUAACAUCCCAGGUUCUCAAAUGGACAUUGAACAUGCAAUGACUUUGCCUAACUUCUCUUUGUAAAUUUCCACUGCUCUCAGAACUGACCUAAGGAUGGAGGAUAGGAAUCCCAUUCUCUUUUGGGGGAAUUAAAAUAUUCCUUUUUUUUGUUUUCUUUGCCAAUUCCUUGAUGCUGCCGUCAGUUUGUUUCUCAGCUUGAAAAAUAUAGAAAAAGUUUGGCACUGGUUGGAAUGCAUUGUUAAUCCUUGAAGAACAUAUUUUAUUCCAGAACUGACAUAUAGAAGUCAACCUAGAAUAAUGACAUGGUCUCUCUGCUUUUUUUUAGAACUCCUCUAGCUUAUUCAAACUUGUUCACUCCCUGCUUGCAAACAGAUCACCACAUUUUGCCAAUUUUCCUGGUGUCAUCCCAUCUUCUCCUAUCUGCUAUCUCCUCCCAUGACAGUACACGUGUUCAGUAAGUUCAGUUGCCUUCCAUAAACCUUGGAAUUUCCAACAUAAACCUCUCCAUCUCAUUUCUUUUCCUUCAAGCGCUCUGUAAAUUUACCCUCUUCAACCAAAGCUUAAGUUAUCUGUCCUAAUACCUCCUUAUGCAUGUAGGCGCUAAAUCCUUCCUGUGUAGCAUCAAAUGAAGAUUUACUACAUUAAAGGUGCUUCAUAAAUGCAAGUUUUUGUUGUUAACAGUAGAAAUAUUAACACAUUAAACUCUGGUGUGUAUAAUGGGCUACUCAGCCUCUGAAAAGGAGAAUCCGAAUCUCUUAACUGUUUUACCUGCACAAUAUUGACAAACCAGCUGAACAUUUGCAGCAUUUUUUUGUACAUUUUUGCCUAAAAAUUUGGUGAUUUUUCUUUUAUCUUGGAAGAUACUGCUGGAAUAUAACAUACUUAUGUUAAACUAAAAAUAAUUCAGACUUCAUGCAUAGACAUUAGCUGCUAUUAACUGGGAAUAUUAUCGUCCAUGAACCAAAGAAUCAUUGGUUCAUGGACGAAAAUACGAAACAGCCAAUUUCAAACAGAACAAAAAGCAAUUCUCUGAAAAAAAGAACGACUUCCAACUUUAACCACUGCCAUAAUUCACUCUCCAUUUGAGAUGAAGGAUAAUCUCCCUCUCUUGAGCAGACUGCCACUCCCAGUAGGGGAAAGGAGAGGACCACAGUAACUUCUAUUUAUGCUGCAAUGUAGCAAGAUAUGAAAAAGUACAUCAGGGAAGCAAUAUUUCAUGACAAAAAUAUUUUGAGUGAUGAGGUAGGCUUUAACAAAAUUCUUUAAUAGGCCUUAAAGAAAGAGUUGUUGAGAGACAGGGAGGUUAAGCAAUGUAAUUCCAGAGCACCUUGGCAUCUGAAAGUACAGGAUCCAAUGGUACAGCAAUGAAAUUUAAGCAUGAUCACGAGGCAAGUAUCGCGUAUAUGUGUAAUUAUUGGGCUGGAGGAGAUUAAAGAGAUUGUGAGAGGAAAAAUCAAAAGGGGACUUUUGAACAAAUCAGAAAAUUGUAAAAUAGAAUAUUUACUUAAUUUAGGACCUAGUGUAGAUCAGCAAGCAUGGUGGAUGAUACUAAUGGGACUUGAUGGGAAUUAAGGCAGUUAAGUUUUGGCUGAGUUCUAUGUUAUGGAAAGUAGAGUAAAGGAGGACAGUCAGAAGUGUGAACAAGAAAGGUAAAGCUGUGGAUGCUGGAAGAAUGAAAUAAAAACAGCAAAUUCUGGUUGUGCUCAGGAGUUCAGGGAGAAAUAGAGUUAAUGCUUCAGGUUGACAACCCUUCAGAACUGAGAUCAUCAGUUCUGCUGAAGGGCCUUUGAUAUCUGUUGAUGCAUCUUCUCACUCCAAAGAUGCAUCUUCUCACUCCAAAGAUGCAGUCUGACUUAGUGUAUUAGAAUAUUCGGUCUACAGGUAAAAAAUGUUCCAGCAGCAAAACACCUAGGACAGGGCUGGAGUCAAAUAAAGUUAUGGAAGUGGAAGCUUGCAGCCAUAAUGAUAAUUGGUAAAACUUAAAUGCCAGACCUGUGAGCAAUUAGGCCACAUCCCUCAUCCUGGCUCUGUUAUACCAGAAGUGGGCCAGUUCAUUUCAUUUUGCAAUUUUUUUUCUGCAUUUUGCUCUCUGAUGCAACACCAAUUCAUAAUUUUUUAGAGUUAAGUUUGUGCAGAUUAAUUGUAAAAACUACCCCUUUCUAGUGCAGACCAUGCCCUCUGGUUCCACUCUUCUGAACAAGGUAUAAUGACUUUUUUGUGUCCACACUGGUCAAACUAUUGGAACACUAAAAAUGGUAUCACUGCAGCUACUUCCUGUGCUCUCUGCUUCAAUUUCUCCUCUCAGCCAUCUCUUUUCCACAGACAGCAUAUCCAUUUAGGAUAAUCACUCCUUAUAAUCCAUCCCUGCAUUCCCUCAGUCUUUCUGGUUGCUCUCCUCCUUAACCUGACAACAGAAGAAAAAAAGAAAUUUGGAUUAAAUAUAGUACCUUUCUGGAUCUCCAGAUGUCACAACAUGGUCUCUUGCAAACUAAAUACAUUUUGAAAUUUAAUCACUGUUGUAAGCACCCACUUUGCAGACAAACACUCUUUUGUUUAUUCAGUGAGGGAUAUUGAAGAACAUUUUUGAGCAUCCACCUGAGAGGCAAAAUAAGCUCAUUUGUAAAACACCAUCUCUCACAAUGCAGUAUCUCCUUGGUACUUAAGUGAGAUUUUGGUGCUGGAGCCUUUGGAGUGGGACUUGAAUAAAACACAUUAUCCUAAAUGUGUCAAUCUCAGAACAAUUUCCACCAUUUUGAUUAACAAAUUUUGAUUGUUUCCUUCUAAGAACUAUUACUCUUUUUACGGUUAUUUUUUCCCAAAUUGAUAAGGAAGAGACUACUUGGCCCAUCAUGUCUGCACCAAUUCUUUGGUAAAGUUUUCAAUUCUGACAGCUUUAACUGGGGCCAAAGUGAAUAUAAAAUGUACAGUGCAAGCCUGGGCAGGACUCGCACAGCUGUUACCAAGCUGAUUCCUUGUGAUGCAGACCUAGAUGUGCUGUGUUUAGUUGUGCUGAUGUGCGGUGUGAUUUUAGAAUGAUAGAUUAUAUGGGCUGUGUAAAAUGUCUGAUAGCAAAUUCACAGGCCAUUUUACAUCCAUUAUCAUAAAAAUCCUUGGGGCUAAU